AUCAUCAUCAUCAUCAGACCAUUUCCUCCGUCGUAGCUUCUUCGUGGUGAUCAUGGCGCCGGCUUCUGCGUUGGUGGUCCAAAAAACAGAGGAGGAGUGGCGUGCGGUUCUUUCUCCUGAGCAGUUUCGGAUUCUUCGUCAAAAAGGCACUGAAAAACCGGGAACUGGAGAAUAUGACAAGUUUUUCGAGGAAGGAAUCUUCUCUUGCGUCGGAUGCAAGACUCCUCUCUAUAAAUCAGUAACAAAGUUCGAUUCCGGAUGUGGCUGGCCAGCUUUCUUUGAAGGACUUCCCGGUGCCAUUAACCGAACCCCUGAUCCAGAUGGGAGAAGAACUGAGAUCACUUGUGCAGCGUGCGAUGGACAUUUAGGCCAUGUUUUCAAAGGAGAAGGUUACGGUACUCCAACCGAUGAACGCCAUUGCGUUAACAGCGUUUCGAUCAGUUUCAACCCUGCAAAACCUUCCUCUGUUAUCUGAGGAUUGAUUGAUCGAUCAUACAACAUCUUCUAAUUACUCAGAUUGUGUUGUUAUUGUCAUCAUGUAGUGAAUACGCACUUUCUGUGGUGGUCAAUGCAACAGAUAAUAAGACUCAUUAGAUAUUGGAUACAGUAUGUUAUAGACAUUUAAUAAGAAUUUUAUUAUCUAAGGGGUCAUUAUUCUCGA